AAUCAAAAAUGACCAGCAUGGGGAAAACAUUGAUAUUGCUCCACAUGGUUGUCAUAACUGUCAUUGAAAAAGUACAAAGUCAAGAAGAAAUCCGAUUGGUUGAUGAGGACAAUGUUUACUCGGGAAGAGUUGAAAUUAACAUUAAAAAUAAAUACUGGACAAUUUGCGAUGAUCGCUGGGAUUCACGUGAGGCAGAAGUGGUUUGUCGUCAGUUGGGUUACCCAACAGGAAAUGUCAGAGCAUAUCAUUGUUCGCAAUAUGGCAGCGCUGGUCCUGGUACAAAAGUAGCAUACAGAAGCUUUGAUUGCGUUGGUGAUGAGUUAAAAUUGAUGGACUGUGACUAUCUCGAUGCAGGGAGCAAUUGCCUUCACUUGGAAGAUGUUGGUGUCGACUGUCAAGCUCCAGGUUCAGAGAAAGAUUUAGUACGACUGGUUGAAGGUAAUACCCCAAACACUGGUAAACUUCAAUGGCGCGUGAAUAACACUUCUCCUGAGUGGGGUACCAUUUGCAGUGACAGCCCUUGGGGGAUCAAUGAGGCCACAGUUGCAUGCAGACAACUAGGAUUCCCUAAUGGGUCUGCAGAAGCUUAUACAGCAGGAGCUUUCAAUGAUGAUCCAACUAAAAUAUGGUUCUCUGAUAUAUCGUGUAGUGGAUCUGAGAGCAACAUCAUGCAAUGUAGCGUUAGUAAUGGGGCCAGAUGUUCUGGGUUACAAGUCCAAUGUGACCAUUCAACUGAUGUUGGAUUAAUAUGUGAACCUGAAAGCCCUGAAAUCCUAAUGUCUGGAAAUUCAACAAGUUCUGUUAUGUCAAAUGCAAAUACAAGUCCCCUAAUGUCAACUUCAAAUCAUACAAUGUCAACAACAAACCCUGCUUUGUCAACUUCAAAUCCUGCAAUGGCAACUUCAAAU